UUAUUUAUUUUAAGACAGCAGGACUUAUGUUUCAUAUUUUAUAGCAGUGCACUUUCUGCGGUUUUCCUGUUGGCCACUUUAUUUAUUUAUUUUUUAUCUUUUUAUUAAUUGUUUAAUUUCCAGCAUUUGAUAUAAUGUUCUGAUUGUGUACAUGCAGAAAUCUGUCUUUUCAACAGAGAAUAAAGAAUAGAGAGAUCAAAUAAAUAGUUAAAAUGAAAGAGAAGAAACAGUAUCUUCAGCACACAGAACUAGUGUAACUGGGUUUCAAACAGACUAUUGGAAACUAAAUGCUGCUGAAGCUCUUCAAUAAGAUGAUCAUCACAGAUGUGAACUAUUGUUAUUUCUCUGUCUUCAGUCUGUUUAGAUGCAGAAUUACAGAGAAACAGUGUGUCAUCCUGACUUCAGCUCUGAAAUCAAACCCGUCACACCUGAGAGAGCUGAACCUGAGCGGGAAUGAACUAGGAGACUCUGGAGUGAAAAACCUCAGUGAUCUACUGAUGAACCCACAAUUCAAGCUGGAGAAACUACAUCUGAGUGUUUGCAGUAUUACAGAAAAACAGUGUGUCAUCCUGAUUUCAGCUCUGAAAUCAAACCCGUCACACCUGAGAGAGCUGGACCUGAGCGAGAAUAAACUAGGAGACUCAGGAGUGAAGCACUUAUGUGACGUACUGAAGGAUUCACACUGUAAACUGGAGAGAUUGAGUCUACAGAACUGUGGCAUUACAGAUGUUUCUUCUUUAACUCAGUCUUUGACUAACUCAAAAGCACUGCGGUUUUUAAAAGAUCUUGAUCUGAGAUGGAAUAUGAUAGGAGACUCAAAGCAGCGGCUCAGAGACGUGUUACGAGAUUCAAACUGUAAACUGAGGUAA